AUGGUAAGAAAGAGAUCUCGUGAGCACGGAAGUAUUCAAGAAGGACCCUCCUCGGAGGAAGACUUAUCUCUCGUACGAAGGCUUGAAAUUCCCUUCAACAGUAGCCGAGAAGCAGAAGUGGCUUGCAAUAGCCUUAAAGUUGAUCCUGAACAGAGAGGUGGCUCCACAAAGCAGUAUUCUAUCAAGGACAACAUCUGUGUAGAGGUACGGUCUCCUGAUGUGCGGCAACUGAGGACAGCUGUUACCUCUUUCUUGGAUCUUCUUCAUCUUGUAUCAAAGACCAUAGAUCAGUUUGGGCCUCCUCUUCAGCAAAUCAAAAAAGUUAUGUGCAUAAGUUAUUGUGAUUUGUUUUCUUUACUUAUCGUUCAGGGCAUCUUCAUAACAGUGCUGUACGUUACUUUUUAAGUGUACAAUUAUUUAAUGUUUGUUACUAGACUCCAGAUCACUUACUGUAAACAAAUUUAAUAAUUUUUGGUUGAUUAGCAUCUCUGCACAUCUCACAAAAUAUUAAUUCUACUUCAUAAUUGUGUUUUGGGCUAAAUA